AUGAAGGAUAAAACAGGUUACAACCUUGAAAAAAAACAACUAACAAACAAAUGGGAGAACAUGAAAAAAGAGUGGAAGCUUUAUGACUGCUUAAUGAGGCUUGAAACCGGACUAGGUGGGACGAGAAGCCUAAUAGAUGCAUCGCCUGAGUGGUGGGAUGAGAAAAUAAAGAAUAAAGAAUAUGCUAAAUUUAGGAACACAUAUUUGAGCAUAUUUGAUGAGAAAUAUGCUCUUUUGUUUCGGGAUAUCGUUGCCAUUGGAGAUCAGAUUAUGGUUCCGUUACAAUUUCAAAACAAUAGCAAUCCGAAUGAAGAAAAUAUGGAGGGCAAAUGA